CUGGAGCUGAGAGAAGCGGCGGGGCAAGCCCGGGGCUCUAGUGAACAGCGCAGCCGGAGGGGAUCGCCGGCUGGCGGCGAGCGGAGACAGCCCAGGCCCGGAGGUCUCCGAAAUGUCACGAUGGCUGUGGCCAUGGUCAAACUGUGUGAAAGAGCGGGUUUGCCGCUACUUGCUACACCAUUAUUUGGGCCACUUUUUCCAAGAGCACCUCAGCCUGGACCAGCUCAGUCUGGAUCUGUACAAGGGCAGUGUUGCCCUGCGGGAUAUCCACCUGGAGAUCUGGUCUGUGAAUGAGGUACUGGAGUCAAUGGAGUCGCCUCUGGAGUUAGUGGAAGGCUUCGUGGGCUCCAUCGAGGUGGCUGUGCCCUGGGCGGCGCUGCUCACCGACCACUGCACUGUGCAUGUGUCAGGCCUCCAGCUCACCUUACAGCCUCGCCAGGGCCCAGGUCCAGGGGCUGCUGACUCACAGACCUGGGCCUCAUGUAUGACCACAAGCCUGCAGUUGGCCCAGGAGUGUCUGCGGGAUAGGCUACCCGAAACCUCUGAGCCACCACAGCCUCUAGAGGGGCUGGAGAUGUUCGCCCAGACCAUCGAGACUGUGCUGCGGAGGAUAAAGGUGACUUUUCUGGACACAGUUGUGAGAGUAGAGCACUUGCCGGGUGAUGGGGAACAUGGAGUGGCUGUGGAGGUCCAUGUGCAGAGACUGGAGUACUGUGAUGAGGCAGUGCGGGACCCAAGCCAGGCGCCCCCAGUGGAUGUGCAUCAGCCACCUGCCUUCCUGCAUAAGCUGCUGCAGCUGACAGGGGUCCGCCUGCACUUUGAGGAGCUCCCCCCACAGGAAAAACCUUCAGAGCCACCCUUGCAGAUUGGCAGUUGCUCAGGGUACAUGGAGCUGAUGGUGAAGUUGAAACAGAAUGAAGCCUUCCCGGGCCCCAAGUUGGAGGUGGUGGGACAGCUGGGCUCCUUGCACCUGCUCCUGACUCCACGGCAGCUCCAGAAGCUUCAGGAACUGCUCAGUGCCAUUAGCCUCACAGACUCUGAAGGCCUGGCUGACAAGCUGAACAAGAGCCGCCCACUAGGUGCUGAAGACCUAUGGCUGAUUGAGCAGGACCUGAACCAGCAGCUGCAGGCUGGGGCUGUAGCUGAGCCCCUCAGCUCAGAGCCCCCUGCCAGUCCCCUUCUCAACCUGGACAGCACUGACCUCUUCUUCUCCAUGGCUGGCCUCACGAGCAGUGUGGCCUCUGCUGUCUCCGAGCUCUCCCUCUCUGAUGUAGACCUGGGCUCCUCUGUGCACAGUGACAUGGCUUCCCGCCGGCUCUCUGCCCAGGCUCACCCAGCUAGCAAGAUGGCCCCCACACCCCUCCCGGACACCAUGCGCCCUGACUCGCUACUGAAGAUGACCUUGGGGGGUGUGACCCUGACCUUGCUUCAGACGUCUGCCCCAUCUUCUGGACCACCUGACCUCGCCACUCACUUUUUUGCUGAGUUUGAUGCCACCAAGGAUGGGCCUUUUGGCUCCAGAGACUUCCACCACCUUCGACCGUGCUUCCAGAGGGCCUGUCCCUGUAGCCAUCUCCGGCUAACAGGCACUGCUGUGCAGCUGUCCUGGGAACUGCGGACAAGCGGCAGGAGCCGUUGGACAACCAGCACAGAAGUGCACUUUGGGCAGCUUGAGGUGCUGGAGUGUCUGUGGCCCAGGGGCUCUUUGGAGCCUGAGUACACAGAGAUCCUAAGCUUCCCCAGUAACCUGGGCUCCCAGGCCUCAGCUCGGCCCUGUGCUCACCUGCGCCACACACAGACCCUGCGCCGUGUGCCCAAGAGCCGACCCCGGCGCUCAGUUGCCUGCCAUUGCCACUCAGAACUGGUUCUGGACCUGGCCGACUUCCAAGCAGAUGUGGAGCUGGGGGCACUGAACCGACUUGCUGCCCUGCUGCACCUGGCCACCAUGCCCCCCGAGUCAACUGCCAGCCUGCUGACAGAGCCCCCUCUAAUAGCUGAGCAGCAGACAGUGUUCCGGCUCUCAGCUCCCCGGGCCACACUGAGGCUGCGCUUCCCCAUUGCUGACCUGCGGCCUGAGCGGGACCCCUGGGCAGGCCAGGCUGUGCGUUCUGAGCAGCUUCGACUAGAACUGAGUGAGCCCCAGUUCCGGUCAGAGCUUAGCAGUGGACCUGGAUCCCUAUCCCCCACCCGCCUGGAACUCACCUGCUCCGACCUUCAUGGUAUCUAUGAAGAUGGAGAGAAGCCACCUGUCCCUUGUCUGCGUGUCUCCAAAGUCCUGGACCCCAAAAGCACUGGGCGCAAGUACUUUCUGCCCCAGGUAGUGGUGACCCUGAACCCCCAGUCCAGCACUGCACAGUGGGAGGUGGCUCCAGAGAAGGGAGAGGACCUGGAACUGUCGGCUGAGAGUCCAUGUGAGCUUCGGGAGCCUGAGCCCUCACCCUUUUCCUCCAAGAGGACCAUGUACGAGACAGAGGAGAUGGUAAUCCCUGGAGACCCUGAGGAGAUGAGGACAUUCCAGAGCCGAACCCUGGCACUGUCCCAAUGUAGUCUGGAAGUGAUCCUGCCUGGUGCCCAUGUCUUUCUGCCCGGCAAGGAGGUCUACGAGAGCAUCUACAAUAGGAUCAACAAUGACCUGCUCAUGUGGGAGCCUGCAGACCUGCUUCCUACCCCUGAGUCCCCUGCUCAGCCCCCCAGCUUCUCCAGACCCUCGGGCUUGUGGCAUGACAACUUUAAGAUAUGCAAGUCAGCCUUCAAGCUGGACUCAGAUUCAGAUGAUGAGGAUGCCCACUUCUUCUCAGUGGGGUCAUCAAGCACCCCCCACCCCCCUGCCGCUGAGCCCUUAAGGCCUCACUCCAAGAGCACCUUCUCUACACUGGUGACAGUGCUGAAGGGUCGGGUCACUGUCCUCUGUGAGACCAAGGAUGAAGGUGGGAGGCGGCUGGAGGCUGCUCAUGGGGAGCUAGUGCUGGACGUGGAGCACGGCACCAUCUUCAGUGUCUCCCAGUACUGCGGCCAGCCAGGACUUGGCUACUUCUGCUUGGAAGCUGAAAAGGCAACACUCUAUCACCGAGCGGCCGUGGAUAACUACCUGCUGCCCAGUCAUCUGGAACUGCCUAGCUUUGCUCCCCCGGCCCAAUUGUCUCCAACCAUCUACCCAUCAGAGGAAGGGGUAACUGAGCGAGGAAUCUCGGGCCGUAAGGGCCAGGGCCCCCACAUGCUGUCCACUGCUGUGCGCAUCCAUGUGGAUCCCCAGAAAAACGUAAAGGAGUUCCUGGUGACACUGCGGCUACACAAAGCCACCCUGCGCCACUACAUGGCCCUGCCCGAACAGAGCUGGCACUCUCAGCUGCUGGAGUUCUUAGACGUGUUAGAUGACCCUGUGCUGGGUUACCUGCCUCCAACGGUCAUAACCAUCCUGCACACACACCUGUUUUCCUGUGCGGUGGACUACAGGCCACUCUAUCUCCCUGUGCGUGUCCUCAUCACCGCAGAGACCUUCACCCUCUCCAGCAACAUCAUCAUGGACACCUCCACCUUCUUGCUCAGGUUCAUCCUUGAUGACUCUGCCUUAUACCUGUCCGAUAAGUGUGAGGUGGAGACCCUGGACCUGCGGCGAGAUUAUGUCUGUGUCUUGGAUGUUGACCUCUUGGAGCUUGUGAUCAAAACUUGGAAAGGGAGCACUGAGGGCAAACUGAGCCAGCCGCUGUUUGAGCUGCGCUGCUCUAACAACGUGGUACACGUGCACAGCUGUGCUGACUCCUGUGCUCAGCUGGUCAACCUGCUCCAGUACGUAAUGAGCGCGGGCGACCUGAACCCCCCACCCCGGCCCCCCAGCCCCACGGAGAUCGCCGGCCAGAAGGUACAGCUCUCUGAGAGCCCUGCCUCUCUGCCUUCCUGCCCCCCAGUGGAGACAGCCCUCAUCAACCAGCGGGACCUGGCCGAUGCCCUCUUAGACACUGAGCGUAGCCUACGGGAGCUGGCCCAGCCUUCAGGUGGCCCCCUCCCUCAGGCCUCGCCUGUCUCAGUCUACCUAUUCCCAGGUGAACGGAGUGGAACCCAGCCCCCUUCAUCCCCUGCCAGGGGCUCCACUGGCAAAUUAGGUUCCUGCUCUGAAUCUAAGGAAGAUGAAAAGGAAGAGGAGGGGGAUGGAGACACUCUGGACAGUGACGAGUUCUGCAUCCUUGAUGCUCCUGGCCUGGGCAUCCCGCCCCGAGAUGGGGAGCCUGUGGUGACACAGCUGCAUCCCGGCCCCAUCAUUGUGCGGGAUGGGCACUUCUCACGGCCGCUAGGCAGCACCGACCUGCUGCGGGCGCCCGCCCACUUCCCAGUGCCCAGCAGCCGUGUGGUUCUGCGUGAGGUCUCUCUCGUCUGGCACCUCUAUGGAGGCCAAGACUUUGGCCCCCACCCUGGCCACAGGGCAAGAGUUGGCCUCACAGGCCACAGGAGCUCCCCUUCCCGCUGCUCUGGCCCCAACCGGCCCCAGAACUCCUGGCGCAUGCAGGGAGGCAGUGGGCGACAGCACCACACCCUCAUGGAGAUCCAGCUCAGCAAGGUUAGCUUCCAACAUGAGGUGUACCCAGCAGAACCAGCCACAGGCCCUGCAGCCCCCGGCCAGGAGCUGGAGGAACAGCCGCUGUCCCGCCAGGUGUUCAUUGUGCAGGAGCUUGAGGUCCGAGACCGGCUUGCGUCCUCCCAGAUCAACAAAUUUCUGUAUCUGCACACGAGUGAACGGAUGCCACGGCGUGCCCACUCAAACAUGCUCACCAUCAAGGCUCUACAUGUGGCCCCCACCACCAAUCUGGGUGGGCCCGAGUGCUGUCUCCGUGUCUCACUGAUGCCACUGCGCCUCAACGUGGACCAGGACGCCCUUUUCUUCCUCAAGGACUUCUUCACCAGCCUGGCAGCCGGUAUCAAUCCCAUGGUCCCAGGGGAGACCUCUGCUGAGGCUCGCCCUGAGACCCGAGUCCAGCCCAGCAGCCUGCAAGAAGGGCAGCCUGAGGUCCCGCAGGAAGCUACAGGCAGUGGACGCAGCUCCUCCUGUGCUGAUCAGCAGCCCAUCUACUUCAGGGAGUUCCGCUUCACGUCUGAAGUGCCCAUCUGGCUGGACUACCACGGCAAGCACGUCACCAUGGACCAGGUGGGCACGUUUGCUGGCCUCCUCAUUGGCCUGGCCCAACUCAAUUGCUCUGAGCUGAAGCUAAAGCGGCUCUGUUGUCGGCAUGGGCUCCUAGGUGUGGACAAAGUGCUCGGCUAUGCUCUCAAUGAGUGGCUACAAGAUAUCCGCAAGAACCAGCUACCCGGCCUGCUGGGGGGUGUGGGCCCCAUGCACUCGGUAGUCCAGCUCUUCCAAGGGUUCCGGGACCUACUGUGGCUGCCCAUCGAGCAGUACCGGAAGGACGGGCGCCUCAUGCGGGGGCUGCAGCGAGGGGCUGCCUCCUUUGGCUCAUCCACGGCCUCUGCUGCCCUGGAACUUAGCAACCGGUUGGUGCAGGCUAUCCAGGCCACAGCUGAGACGGUGUAUGACAUCCUGUCCCCAACAGCACCCGUCUCCCGCUCCCUGCAGGACAAGCGCUCUGCAAGAAAGCUGCGCAAGGGCCAGCAGCCUGCUGACCUCCGGGAGGGUGUAGCCAAGGCAUAUGACACAGUUCGAGAGGGCAUCCUGGACACAGCUCAGACCAUCUGUGAUGUGGCAUCUCGGGGCCAUGAACAGAAGGGGCUGACAGGUGCUGUGGGGGGCGUGAUUCGCCAGCUGCCCCCAACAGUGGUGAAGCCACUCAUCCUAGCCACAGAAGCCACGUCCAACCUGCUUGGGGGAAUGCGCAACCAGAUCCUCCCUGAUGCCCACAAGGACCAUGCACUCAAGUGGCGCUCAGAGGAGGCCCAGGACUGAGCGUGGGGCAUCUGGAACUCAAAGGGGUGCUUCCCACCCAUCCUCUUAGCCUACCUGCUAUGCUCGUCAGUGCCGCCAGCUCCUGAGCCUACCAAGAGCUCUGACUCACAGCUAGGGCAGGCCCAGGCCCUUCAAGGGAUGGCCACCGUGACGGAUACCUUCCCAGCCUGCCCAUUGCCAAUCAGCUGUGAGGGGGGCCUCCCUGCCUUGGGGCCUUGGCCCUAUCUCUGCACUUUUCCUCUGGGGAGAAAGGACAUUGCCUCUCCCUCCCACCUGGGCCCACACUGCUGCCUUGUCUCAGGACGGAGGCUUUUGGACCCUCGGACCCCAACCCCACUUAGCCAAGUGUCUUUCUGUGUCUUGGGGGUGAGGGGACAGACACCAUGUGGUUCGAUGUAUUAUUUUUAAGCUCCAUGAGCGUGUGGGUCAGUAUCUGCAUGAAGUGGAAUAAACUGUACCCACCGCCA